UCUCUCUCUCUCUGGUUCGCCGUCGCCGUCGCCGUCGCCGUCGCCGCUGCCGCCUGCUCUCUCUCUCUCACGCUUGUUUGUCGGCGCCUUCUGUUUGAGAAAUCCGUCACAAGCGCCUGAUCUUCAAACAACAAUCCGCUCCAGGACGGGGGGAGGACCCGCAAAAUCACAUUAGUGGAAAAGGUGUCUAGGGUUUCAUUAACAAUAUCAAAAAAGGGAAAGGAUUUUACUGGCAUUUGGCAAUUCUAAGUGAGUUUUAAUUUGCUUGCAAUCAUGUCGGUGACUGCGGGAGUCAGUGACACUGUGAUUGCAAUCCGAGAUAAACUCCGUGGCAAGAUUGGCCAAACCAAGGUCAAGAGGUACUGGCCUGGGAAGGCACCUGAAUGGGCUGAUGAUGCUGAUGAAGAUGUAGAUAUUAAAAGCUCACGGACUGCUGCGCUUGAGAAAGCGUUUCCAAGGCAGGAAGAGUCUGAUAUUGCCAUCAAGAAGGAUGAUCGCCGAUUGCGCCGUUUAGCCGAGAGCAAGAUUGAUAAUAAGGAUGAAGUGAGAGCUGAUCACCGGCGGAUUAGGCAAGCAGAGAUUAUCUCCACUGUUGAAGAGGAGAACAAUCGACAGGAAGGUUUGGACUUGGAUGAGGAUGAGGAUGCAUUGGAGGAGAGGAGGAGGAGAAUUCGAGAAAAGUUGCUUCAGAGAGAGCAGGAAGAGGCUGCUAUCCUUCCUGAGGAAGAGGAGGAAGUGGAGGAAGAAGAAGAAGAGGAAUCUGAGUAUGAGACUGAUUCUGAAGAGGAGCAGAUGGGUAUUGCCAUGGUGAAGCCAGUCUUCACUCCAAAGUUACAGCGUGACACUAUUGCAGAGCGUGAGAGGCUAGAAGAAGAAGAGAGGCGGCUUGAAGAGUUGGUUAAGAGGAGGAUUGAGGAGCGGAAGGUUGAGACAAAGCAAAUUGUUGUGGAAGAGAUAAGGAAAGACCAAGAGAUUCAAAAGAACUUGGAAAUGGAUGCAAAUACCGGUGAUGUGGACACAGAUGAUGAAGUGGAUGAGGCCAAGGAAUAUGAGGCUUGGAAGGCUAGAGAGCUUGCAAGGAUUAAGAGGGAUCGUGACGACAGAGAGGCAAGGUUGAAGGAGAAAGAGGAGAUUGAGAAGGUUAGGAAUAUGACGGAGGCUGAGCGGCAGGAAUGGGAGAAAAAGAAGCCUGCCAAACCACAGAAGCAGAGAUGGAGGUUCAUGCAGAAGUAUUACCACAAGGGUGCUUUCUUCCAAUCAGAAGCUGAUGACCAUGCCGCCACAGUUGGUUCAGAUGAUAUAUUCGAAAGAGAUUUCUCAGCACCCACUGGGGAAGAUAAGAUGGACAAGACUAUACUGCCUAAGGUGAUGCAAGUCAAGCAUUUCGGUCGCAGUGGGAGGACUAAAUGGACACAUCUGGUUAACGAGGAUACGACUGACUGGAACACACCGUGGACUUCUAAUGGCCCACUAAGAUCGAAGUAUGAUGAAAAAAUGGCCGCCAUGAGAGCACCAAUUGCAAAACCAAAAGGAAGCAAGAAGUUGAAGGACUGGGAGACCAAGUAGUUCGAUUCCUUAUUUUGCUUAAAAGUGAUUCUGCAUGUCUUAUUCACAUUGGCUUCUUUUGAGUAAUUUGAAGGACAUGUAAUAUGAGUUAUCUCAACUACCUGUUGCUAGAGUGUUUUACAUGUAAUGGCACGGUUUGAUCCAUUGGUUCAACACUUGAUUUCGUUUGUUUUAGAAACCGCAUACCAAGGGAUGCAAAAGUAAGCCUCAGAAUAUUUUCGUUUGUUUUAUUUUCAUAACUCUAGAGUUCCUCAGUUUGUAGUGCUAGAAUAUGGAGAACAGAGUAUAGAUUUUAUGCCCUAGAGGCUUGUUUUGGGCUGUUCUGUUUAUGUUUAACAUGCUUAUAAUUAUUAAGUCUCCCGCUUCAAGGA